AUUCCCGACAUCAUAAACGACUCAGACGGAUGCGGAAACCGAGACGGCCUGGAUGGAAAACUCUUUGAAGGAAGACCCCAGGGCCCUGAACGGAAUUCCGGAUAUUUUCUCUACAACGUGCUACACCUGCCUUUUCCCACACUUUGAUCCACACAACUAUUCGCUUUCUUGGUCUGAAUUUUGGCAAACGACAAGCAAGGCAUAGAGAUCGCUUCAACUCGCUACCCGCGGCUCGCCCAGACGUUAGGGUUUUAGGCCGCCGUUAGACUUUGGCCCUGCAGGUCAAAAUCAGCCACUCUAGGCCUGUCUUCUCGGAGGCCAGUGGCAGGACCCGGUCCUCUCCGCGCGGCUUCUCCCGCCGGGUACGCAACCCCGCAUCCCUUUCCUGUGACCUGCAGCGAAGCUCGCAGGGGGACCGGGUAUUCAACUGGCCAGGAGUUCUCGAGGCGCAGGUGCAGGUGUGCAGGGACGCGCGCGGUGAGUUUGCAGUUCCUGCCGGCUCCAGCAACAUCCCGGGUCAGUCCGAACUCCGAAGGCGCCAAGACAGGGAGGGACCGGUAGGUGAAGGGCAGCAGCCCUCUUGCGCCCUGUUUCAGUCCUCCAGUCGCUGUUGAAUGGAGUUUCCGUCUCCAGUCUCAGCCAAAGCAGGCAAGGCGGACAACCUCGGCCUGGCAGCCAACAGCUGUAAGAGAGCUCUUCAUGAGAAAAUGUCCCAACAGAAGGCUGGGAUGCAUCAGCCCUCAGAGAAGAAAGGACCUGCUGAGAAGGGAGUGAAUGAGCAGAAGCCUCGGCCUGAGGAAGCCGAAUUCUCUGUAUCCUGCAGUGGGAAGUAUCAUUCCUUGAUUCAGGAUCAGGCUCGAGAGUUAACCCAUCUACGGCAGAAGAUGAAGCUUGGGAGAGUGGCCUCUGCUCUUCUCAUCCAGCAUGUGAAGAACACACUAAAGACCUUUGAGGAGCUACUCCACAGCAAUAACGUUGACCACUAUAUGGAGCAGCACUUCUGCGAGCAGCUGGCCAAAGGAAGCCAGCUGGCAGAGAGCCUUGCCAGAAAAUUCAGCACAGAUGACUGUACAAGUAAGAAGAAUCAAGUAGGACAGGUGCCUUCGACUCUCAGUAUCUUGAGGAAGAUGCAUAAUAUGAGCAAAGUGACAGAAGUCCUAGAGACCAAGUGGGAUGCCCGGUCCCAGACUCAGCCCCAGAUCUGGUGCAGCAACCACACCCAGUCUACCCCACAUCACUCCCUGAGCAGCACGUCUCCACAGCUUGACAAGGAGGAAGUGCAUCCUUCAGUGGCUGUAGUCAAAAUGUUUAGUUUGAUCAGAAUGCAGGAUAUUGAACAAGAUAACUAGCCUAUCCACUUCAAAAACUUAGCAACAAGAACAAAGAAAUGGAGGGACAGUUCUAGCCUUGCAGGAGGGGGUGACGGAUCUCAGUACCUCUCACUGCUAGAAGAAAGUGUAUGUUACCAGUCUGGUGUACAAACCUAUCUAAAGGAUCCCCUCCUGUUACCCAGGAUAUGGGUGAAGUGUCUUCUUAGUCCUUCUUACAUGAAUCAGCCUUCUAGCCUGGAAGUCUGGUAGGAAGUGGAACACCCAUGUCAGCAUACAAUGACUGUGAAAGCAAACUUGAAAAACUGGGCUCUGUGUGAAUAUCCAGUGUUGAAGCACCUUCCUGGAAUGAGUGAACAAAGUUAAGGACUUGCAGAGAGAGUUUUCUGCUGGAAUGUAAGAGGUUUUGAAGGCUCUCUUUUCUGCAAAGGCCAUGUAUAGCAAUUUUCCAACAAACUUUCCAGUUUAAUUCGGAACUGAACAGUGGAAUUCCAAAGCACGGCUCGAGAGGAACUCAGUCUGCUUCUGUUGUGGCACCAGAGAAGCAUCACUGAGUUUUCUAUUUGCAAGUUGGCUGGAAGCAUUCAACAUGGUGACAUAUCCACAGAGAUGUUACCAUGCCCCUGAAUUAAAACUGCAGAAUGUGUUAAAGCAUCAUUCAACAUAGUGAGCACAUUUGAGUGCUCUGAACUGGUGAAAGAUUUCCCGUCAUUAAGAAGGCAGUAAGGGUGGAGUGAAACAGGAAUGCGAUGUGCUUCGUGUGUCCUGUAGACAGACUCAGGCUGCUUACACUGGCUGUGUCAGCUGGAUCUUCUUGAAUAUUUGUAUCAGUGUCAGUUGCCGAUGAAGCUUCUUGUACAGGCCUCCUACUUUCCCCUCCAUCCCAUGACAACAGCAUCUUCUGUGGAUCUAAG